AUGGACAACAUCAUCUACGCAUCGGCGAAAUCUAUGGCGCAGGCUGUUCGGGACAAGGAAGUGUCGGCGGUGGAGUUGGUGGAGGCGCAUCUGGGACGCAUCGAAGAGGUGAAUUCGGCGCUGAACGCGGUGGUGCAGCUUGCGGCGGAGCGGGCACGGGCGGAGGCGGUGGAAGCGGACGCUGCGCUUGCUCGCGGUGAAAGCAAGGGAGCGCUGCAUGGCGUGCCGUUUACGCUGAAGGACUCGAUUGAUACCGAGGGCAUCAUCACUACCGGCGGCACGCUGGGUCGUAAGGACUUUGUGCCGGAUGCGGAUGCGACGGUGACGGCGCGGCUGCGGGCUGCGGGCGGCAUCCUGCUGGGGAAGACGAAUACGCCUGAACUUACAUACGCAGGCGAGACGGACAACCUGGUGUAUGGGCGGACGAAUAAUCCGUUCGACUUGAGCCGUGCCCCCGGCGGCAGCAGCGGCGGCGCGGGGGCUAUCGUGUGCUGCGGGGGAGCGGCAUUCGACAUCGGCAGUGACACGGGCGGCAGCGUGCGCGGACCGGCUCACUACUGCGGCAUUACGGGAAUAAAGCCGAACUCUGGGCGCGUGCCGCGCACCGGGCAUAUCGUGCCGCAUAGCUUCGGCGCGGUCGAUUCGCUGACACAGAACGGGCCAAUGGCGCGGUAUGUGGAGGAUCUUGCGCUCAUCCUGUCUAUCAUAUCCGGUCCGGACUGGGACGAUCCACACAUUGUUCCGAUGCCGCUUGGCAAUCCAGCGGACGUGGACAUCAGCGGGCUGCGAGUAGCCUUCUACACGGACAACGGCUUGCGUGUACCCACUGAUGAGAUUGUCGCGGCGGUGCGGUCGGCCGCUAAUGCCCUCGAGGACGCGGGCUGCUUGGUUGAAGAGGACCUGCCGCGAGCAAUUCCGGACAAUCCUGACAUAAACAACCAGCUGAGCCAAGGCGACGGCCAGGCCGGAGCACGCAGACUGCUGGCGAAGUAUGGCACGACCGAGACUCAUGAGUGGAUGACGCGACUUCUGGAGAAGGCGAGCGAGAACAUGGUCUCCGUGGGCGAGUACACGGCAGCUCUGGAGCAGGUAGAUGCCUACCGCAGCGCCAUGCUUGGCUUCAUGGAGAACUACGAUGUCAUCGUGUGCCCUGUGUCUGCGUUCGCCGCACUGCCCCAUGGUGAAUCGAUGACAGACGAGAAUCGAUCGGGCAUAAACUAUACCGCUACUUACAACAUCACGGGCUGGCCUUCGACUGUAGUUCGCGGCGGCACAUCGCCGGAUGGCCUGCCUAUCGGUGUGCAGGUGGUGGCGCGACCGUGGCGGGAGGAUGUGUCGCUUGCCGUGGCGCAGUAUCUUGAGGGAGCGCUUGGUGGGUGGCAGAGACCGCCGAUGUAG